CCGGGAUCGAUCGGAUCAGUCACAAUGCAUUCAACGCGUCCAAUAGCACACAGAGUGACCCUUCGCAUCUCAUCGAGAGGGAAGGGCACACAGCAGAACAAAAACUCUCACACCCACACCCACACCCACAUACCUAUACAUUGGGGGUCCCUCCCUCGUCAAUCGACAAGCCCAUCAGUACUCUGCACAGACUCACUGACACGCAGACACCCAUUCGUCCAUCCAUAUCCAAAACCGGCAUGCGGCUCGUCUCCGCUGUGCUGUGCUGCCCCUUCCCAGUCGGCGUCAUUCCUCUCUCUGUGCCCAUCUGUGCCCUUUUCUCGCCCCCCAUCGGAACGGCUCUUGUCACACACAGUGGAAAGGCGGGACAAAGAUCCCUUUUGAUGGAGAACUUGAAGGAAAAGACGGGCAUGAAGACGCACAUCAUCAGCGCAGCAACGAGAGCACCUGACUCUGAUUCUUGCCUCCGGGUCUCCCUCCCCUGUCCUUCGAUCAUCUACAACGGAGCGGCGCUACGUGCCAACGAUCUCAACGGCAAGACCGCCAGCGCACAGCACGACACCCAUGUGGAGAACCGAACAAGACAGAGAGGGAGACAGAGAGGGAGAUCGACACCACGCAACGACGAAGGGCAUUCACCGGGGAGCUGCGCCACCUGUCCGCGGGAGGACGAACUUGUCCAAGAAAAAAGCGUGGAAACGGGCGUCCUCUGACAGAUCUCACACACACGGACACACACACACACACACACAGCGAGAGAGAGGAAGUGUGAUGUGAUUGAUGCACGUCGGCGUUCUUGUGCAGUCAGUGUGUAUGUGUGUAGCAUACCCACCCGUGAGCUCCGGAUGAAAGAUGGUGAUGAAAAGAUGACCCUGACUCGCAGCUGGACACCAACACAACGAGGGUGUGUAGAGCGAGCAAUGACUGCGCAUCCAUCACCUACCGGCAAUGACGGGUUUGUCAGAGGUCGCUUUGGGCGAUGACGGGUCUGCAGCAGCGGGGGGCAGAUGGGCGAUCACCUCCACCUGCACAUGGACGGACAUCCAUGAGCCGUACUUUGACUCAUGGGUGUGUGAGGGUGUUGGGUCAUGCCUAGCCUAGCCUACAUCGUCUGAGAGAGGCUGCAGGAUGGCAGGCGCACGGAUGCAGACAGCCUGCAGUGCACCAACCAGCCCAACACGUACAUACCAACACACACACACAGCACAGCACAGCACAGCACAGACAUCGUUCCUGUCCUGAACACCCUUCCUUAAGGGUGCCUGGCCUGCAUCGUUCGGGUGACUCACAUUGAAUCCACUGGCAAUGUCAGCGUAUGCGCCACAUCCAACAAGGGGAGCCUCAAAGGAGUCCUUCUGCACACACACACACACGGACAGCCCAUCCAUCCAUCCAUCCAUCCAUCCACACAUCGGGAUGCCAGCUCACCUGCCUCCCGAAGAAGUUCCGCGACGUCCGAACGUCCACGCCGCCCAGGAACUCCCCAUACUUGUCGCGCGCCGGCUCUCGCUCGCCAUUCCGUGGCACGUCCUGCCCAGAUAUCACCUCGCUAGACAGCAGGAUCGCCCCCGCACACGUGCCCCAGACGGGCUUCUUGUCGGCGUGGACGAACUGCUUCAGGGCCUCCAUCAUGGCCCCGUUGUCGGCCUGCGCGAUGAUCCGCAGAGUCGUCGACUCACCGCCAGGGAUCACCAGAGCGCUGCAUGAGCUCAGCUCAGAGGGAGUGCGCACCUGUGUUGUGUUCGGCCACCACCACACACACAAGCACAGCACAGACACCAACACACCCCGUAAGACAGAGACGACAGGACACUCAUAUGAGCAUCUUGUGUGCAGAUCACUGGAUGCGCACCUGCACGACUCUGACGUUUGGCCUCUGCAGUCUGUCGAAGAGCUUCUGGUGCUCCUCGAAAGCGCCCUGGAGAGCCAACACGCCCAGCACGACUGCCGUCCGCGCAGGGGAGGCAGGAGGGCUCUCAGGACUGCACGCAGGGGACUCCGAUGCCUCUACCAUCUUCUGAGCUCCACUUUACUCGCGGGAAAGCAGCAGGGAAGUCGA